CCUUCCCCACCCUCCAGCCGCCUGCGCCUCCGUCGGGUGCAGGCAGGGGGCCCGGGAAGCGUCUGGACUUCACAGACCUUUCCUCUUCGUUCGGUGGCUGGCCAGAUGCAGUACUGGCCAUUUUCUGCUUCCGAUCUUUACAAUUGGAAAACCCAUAACCCCUCUUUCUCUCAGGACCCCCAGGCUCUGACUGGGCUGAUCGAGUCAAUUUUAUUGACUCGACAGCCCACCUGGGAUGAUUGUCAGCAGCUUCUGCAGACCCUCCUCACUACUGAGGAAAAGCAGCGUGUCUACCUUGAGGCACGGAAAAACGUCCCUGGAGCAGAUGGCCGACCGACCCUACUGCCAAACGAAAUCGAGGAGGCGUUUCCCUUAACCCGUCCUGAUUGGGACUACACCACCGUUGCUGGUAGGGAGCGACUUCGUCUUUAUCGCCAGAUUCUCCUUGCGGGUCUCAGAGGGGCUGGAAAGCGCCCCACCAAUUUGGCCAAGGUACGUGCAGUAGUACAGGGGGCUGAGGAAACGCCGGCAGGCUUCCUAGAAAGAUUAAUGGAAGCCUACCGUAUGUAUACCCCGUUUGACCCCCUGGCAGAGGACCGGCAGGGAGAUGUAAUCAUGUCCUUUAUAGGACAGUCAGCGCCGGACAUCCGCAAUAAAUUGCAGCGGCUAGAGGGGCUUCAGGGGUAUACUAUACAAGAUUUAAUGGCCAGGCCAACCAACCUCAAAGGUCGACCAUUCCGAGGAACAGAAAGUCACCCACUUUUUACUUUUGACGUCGAUCGACUGAUUGAAUUGGACACCCUCAAACCUGAAAAACCCUUAGCUCCUCCAGGCGAGCAGGAAGACCUUUUUGAUAUUUCACCACCUUAUUCCCCCCGCCUCCUUAGAAGGGCACCUUAUAUCCCCCGCUUUCCAAGAAGCGAGAGAAAAGACGGCAGCAGCGGAGUGGUGAGGCUGGGCGACAGCGGCCCCUCCCUCGCUGGGAUACAUGUGGUCCGUCACACGGUUGGGGACAGUGUUGGGGAUGCAGGCCCUGCCCAGGUUCCCGUGGAUAAUGCUCCAUCACCUCCUGCGGUGUCCGGGACGGGCCCACACUCGUACCCGGACCUUGCAGCUGGUCCACAACCACAUAGAGAAGCAGUUGAUUGCCGUAUACUAAUCCAAGUGCCCUGCGCCCCCGCAUUCAUACUCGAUUGUGACUGUCGUCUGCGCCCGCAAGUACCAGACUAA